CCGACACCAUUUUCCCGCUGGUAGGAGGCAAUGCAGUGCUGAGGAUCCGGGGCCCAGCCCAGAGACCGCUCUAGGAUGGGGCCAGUUUGGCUGUGGCUACUGGGAACAGGGAUCCUGGCUUCUGUCCACUGCCAGCCUUUUCUUGCUCAUGGCGAUAAGAGUCUUGUGGUGCCUCAACCUCCCAGCCAGCAGCUCUCAGAACCAACCCCUGCCUACCACAAAGUCACGCCCACCAUCACCAACUUCGCUUUGCGUUUGUAUAAGCAGCUGGCGGCAGAAAGCCCAGGAAACAUCUUCUUUUCCCCGGUGAGCAUCUCUACCGCCCUGGCCCUGCUCUCUCUUGGGGCCCAGGCUGACACCCCAACUCAGAUCCUGGAGGGCUUAGGCUUCAACCUCACAGAGACCUCAGAAGCCGACAUCCACCAGGGCUUCCAGAGCCUCAUCCACACGCUCAGCCUGCCGAGCCCCAAACUUGAACUGAAAGUAGGGACCUCCCUCUUCCUAGACAGGCAGCUGAAGCCCCAGCGGCACUUCCUGGACAACACCAAGGAGCUUUAUGGAGCUCUUGCUUUCUCUGCCAACUUCACGGAUUUUGCUGCAACUGGGAGGCAGAUUAACAACUACGUGAGAAAGCAUACGUAUGGACAAAUCGUGGGCUGCCUCCCAGAGUUCAACCAAGACACACUCAUGGUUCUCUUGAAUUAUAUCUUCUUCAAAGCUAAGUGGAAGCAUCCUUUCAAUCACUACCAGACCCAGAAGCAGGGUAGCUUCUUUGUGGAUGAGAGGACCCCUCUCCGUGUCCCCAUCAUGCACCAAAAGGAAAUGCACAGAUUCCUUUAUGACCAGGAGAUGGCUUGCACCGUCCUCCAGAUAGAAUACAGUGGAAACGCCCUGCUGCUCCUGAUCCUCCCUGACCCUGGGAAAAUGAAGCAGGUGGAGGCCACUCUGCAGCCAGAGACCCUGAGAAAAUGGGCCCAGUUGUUCCUGCCCAGUCUAUUGGAUUUGCAUUUGCCAAGGUUUUCCAUCUCCGGAACAUACACCCUGGAAGAGAUACUUUCCCAGAUUGGUCUCACCAACAUAUUCAACUUAGAAGCUGACUUAUCAGGAAUCAUGGGGCUACUCAACAAAACCAUCUCCAGGGUGUCCCACAAGGCGGUGGUGGACAUGAAUGAGAAGGGAACCGAGGCAGCGGCUGCCUCCAGCCUCCUCUCCCAGCCCCCGGCCCUCAAUACGACAUCGGCCAUGCCUGCCCGUUUCAACCGGCCUUUCCUACUGCUCCUGUGGGAAGUGACCACCCAGAGCUUACUCUUCUUGGGAAAAGUCGUCAACCCUGCUGCAGGGUGAUGGUUGUGGAAGGCAUAGGGUGCCUCAUCUCUCCCCUGACUAAACAGAAGGGCCAGCACUAGCUAGCACCACAAGCCCACUGUGCAGAUUGGUUAAUCAGUGUGCAGACUGCUAAUAAAGUUGACUUUGGAUUUUGCGAA